UUAAGUCAGCGUGUCAAGUUGGUCGUGUAAUUCUCAUAAAUCUUAAAUAGUUUAUUAUUUAAUAUUAAUAUAAUACGGAAAUGAGGGAAAUAGUGCAUAUCCAAGCUGGGCAGUGUGGAAACCAGAUUGGAGCGAAGUUCUGGGAAGUAAUAUCGGACGAGCACGGUAUUGACCCCACUGGUACCUACCACGGUGACUCUGACCUUCAGCUGGAGCGAAUCAACGUGUAUUACAAUGAAGCAACCGGCGGAAAGUACGUCCCACGAGCCGUUCUGGUCGACCUGGAACCAGGCACCAUGGACUCAGUGCGAUCAGGACCAUUUGGACAAAUCUUUCGUCCAGACAACUUUGUGUUUGGACAGUCCGGUGCAGGUAAUAAUUGGGCGAAGGGACACUAUACUGAAGGAGCUGAGUUGGUAGAUUCUGUUCUGGAUGUAGUCAGGAAGGAGGCAGAGGGAUGCGACUGUUUGCAGGGAUUUCAGUUAACGCACUCCCUUGGUGGCGGUACUGGUGCAGGAUUGGGGACUUUGUUGAUCUCCAAGAUUCGAGAAGAAUACCCAGAUCGUAUCAUGAACACGUUUAGCGUAGUGCCUUCACCUAAAGUAUCUGAUACUGUAGUCGAGCCAUACAAUGCUACACUAUCCGUGCACCAGCUGGUGGAAAAUACUGAUGAAUCCUAUUGCAUUGAUAAUGAAGCGCUGUACGAUAUUUGUUUCCGAACAUUGAAGUUGACUACACCUACGUAUGGGGAUCUAAACCAUCUUGUAUCUGCGACCAUGUCGGGAGUUACCACCUGUCUCCGAUUCCCUGGGCAACUAAAUGCCGACUUGAGGAAGUUAGCCGUGAAUAUGGUGCCAUUUCCUCGUCUGCAUUUCUUUAUACCUGGCUUCGCUCCGUUGACAUCUCGUGGAAGUCAGCAAUACCGUGCUUUGACUGUUCCUGAAUUGACUCAGCAAAUGUUUGAUGCCAAAAACAUGAUGGCCGCCUGUGAUCCGCGCCAUGGGAGGUACUUGACCGUUGCAGCCGUCUUUAGGGGCAGAAUGUCGAUGAAGGAAGUGGAUGAACAAAUGAUGAACAUACAGAAUAAGAAUUCUUCAUACUUCGUAGAGUGGAUUCCCAAUAACGUGAAGACAGCUGUCUGUGAUAUACCUCCUCGAGGUUUGAAGAUGUCUGCAACCUUUAUUGGCAACUCAACUGCCAUUCAAGAGCUAUUUAAACGUAUUUCUGAGCAAUUUACAGCUAUGUUUAGGCGUAAGGCAUUCUUACACUGGUAUACUGGCGAGGGGAUGGACGAAAUGGAGUUUACCGAAGCAGAGAGUAAUAUGAAUGACUUGGUGUCGGAGUAUCAGCAAUAUCAAGACGCCACGGCUGAGGAAGAAGGUGAAUUUGAUGAGGAGGAAGAAGGCGGCGACGAAGGAGACUAGAGAUGUAUUGUUUUUAAGGUUUUCAUUAUUAUAUUCUGUAUUUUAUAA